AUUUAUUCCCUGCUUCUCUUGUGAUAUCGACUCCUCUCCUCUGCAAACAAAUCUAUGUAUCUUCUUGUGUGCAUUUGCAUUCUCUUGUAGAUCAAUCCAUCUCAAAACUCUUAAUUUCUCUGCAAACUGUUUUCUAUUUCUAUCUCCUGUCUGACACAUCAAGGCCCAUCUCGCAUUACUUAACCGCGUUUCGUACAUUGCAGUUCAUUCCUUUUGCCCACUUACACCAUCCAUCCAUUAUCAUAAUACCCAUCUUCCCCCUCACAUCCCAAUUUGCCAUUUUUAUUUCUGCUCUGUAUUUGUACGUAUUCUUGGAGCCCUCAAAACCGUUUAUUGUAGUUAGUACAUUCUUCGGAUCUAGCGCCCCCUUCUGCCUUUGUUUUCUUAGCUCUGAUCCCAAGACAAACACACACUCUGUACUUGCUUCUUUUAUUUUCUCUGUCUUGCUCAAAUUUAUCCCACCCAUCUGCUUCUGUCUGGUUCUGAACAAGGAAAGAAAAAGCGCCUCCCCUUCCGCCCAGGUUCGAGUCCUGGGGCGACUGGACUGUAGAUCCUUUUGCAGUCCACCAGAGGAAAACAUCGACCUCAUCAAUUUUCAGAGCUGGAGAAUUCACGCUGUUGAACGAGGUGGACGAAACCAAACACAAGCUACUACCAAUUUGCAGUUUUUAAUCGGAGGAAGAUCCACCUCAUUACAAUGAACACAGUAUCCCGCGUGCCUCCAGGUUUCAGAUUCCACCCCACCGAUGAAGAGCUGGUAGAUUAUUAUCUCAGGAAGAAAGUUGCUUCGAAAAGGAUUGACUUGGACGUUAUCAGGGAUAUCGAUCUGUACAAAAUUGAGCCUUGGGAUCUCCAAGAGAAAUGUAAGAUAGGAUCCGAGGAACAAACAGAGUGGUACUUCUUCAGCCACAAGGACAAAAAAUACCCAACAGGAACUCGCACAAACAGAGCCACAGCAGCUGGGUUCUGGAAGGCCACAGGCAGGGACAAGGCUAUAUAUUCGAAGCUUCAUCUCAUUGGAAUGAGAAAGACUUUAGUCUUCUACAAAGGGCGUGCUCCCAAUGGACAAAAAUCAGACUGGAUCAUGCAUGAAUACAGACUUGAGACAAAUGAAAAUGGCACUCCUCAGGAGGAGGGAUGGGUUGUUUGCCGUGUGUUCAAGAAGAGAAUUACAACUCAGAGAAAAGGAAAUGAUCAUGAUUCUGGUUGCUGGUAUGAAGAUCAGGUUAACUUGCUUCCUGAAUUAGAUUCACCAAAUAAAUAUUCACAAGGUGGAGAUCAUAUGGGAUAUCAGCAUCCCUUCACCUGUAAACAGGAGCUUGAGAUCCAAUACCAUAUGCCUCAUGAUCCCUUCCUUCAGCUUCCCCAGCUGGAAAGCCCAAAAAUAGCCUGCAAUGCAUCCUCCAGUAAAAGACCAGAGUGCCCAAUACCAUAUAAUAAUCAUGGAAUAGAAACAGGUAGCAUGGAAGGCCAUGCCAAUGCUCACUCAGACCAACAACUUAAUAAUACAUACAAUGAAGAGCAGGUGACUGACUGGAGAGUUUUGGAUAAAUUUGUUGCUUCACAAUUAAGCCAGGAGGAUCAUGGGUCCAAAGAUAAUAGGUUUUCUAAUGAUACAAUUUACCCAAUGCCUGAUAUGACUCUGCUUCUGAGACAGUCUAAUGAGAAGCAGCAGCAGCAGCAACAACAAACAGAUUAUCCUUCAAACUCCAACUGUGAUGAUCUCUGGGCCUUUGCAGGAAAAUAGAUCCACAUCACCUAGCACCUCUAAAACAUGGCAACUUUAACUGGUUUUUCAUGUACAUAAUAAAGUAGACCUUACUAAAGGCAUUGGAUUUGAAA